AUGAAGUUAUCCAUAUCACAAAUCAUAUUGACUUGUUGUCUGGCUCUUUAUGUCCAGGCUCAUAACGUAUUAGUCCCAGCUCACAGUCGUAGAUGUUUCUUCGAAGAUUUGAACAAAGGUGACGAAAUUGCCGUGACUUACCAAUUCGGUGAUAGAAAUCCUGAAUCGUACUCUCAAUUAUAUGGUGAUUUCAUCUUAUAUGGCCCACAAAAUAAUGAGGUAUUAGCCACCGAAAAAUCUUCAUCUCAUGGGGACAUUAAAGUGACUGCUCCAAUUAAAGGUAAAUAUCAAUAUUGUUUCAGUAAUGGCGAAAGUAUUCCAACUAAAGAUGUUACAUUCAACGUCCACGGUGUCGUUUACGUUGACGUCGACGAUGAAAAUUCUAAUACUUUGGAUAGUUCAGUUAGAAAACUAUCUAAAUUAGUACGCGAAAUUAAAGAUGAACAAGGCUAUAUCGUUAUUAGAGAAAGAACUCAUAGAAACACAGCAGAAUCUACUAAUGAUCGUGUUAAAUGGUGGUCUGUCUUUCAAGUUGGUGUGGUUGUGGCAAACUCAAUCUUUCAAAUUUAUUAUUUGAAAAGAUUCUUUGAAGUUACUACCUUUGUUUAA